AUGGCGCCGGUGUGUGUGGCUGCUCGUCUGUCGCUCUGUCUGUGUUUGGUGUUUUACCUUGGCACUAUACAGUCAAAGUCUCUGCUGGUGUACGACCGUCAAUCUCUCCAAGAUCUACGACAUAAUGUCGGUGCGUUUGUCGGUGCGUUUGACUAUCGCGAAUAUAAUACCCUGCCACCGUUCUUAUCCGGAAUCUCGACUCACCUGGACUGGGCCUUGCCUCGAAGGAAGCGUCGCCGACGCCGUGGAAAGCGCAGCGGUCGACUGGUGAGUUUUAAACUGGGUGCGCCCGGGCGCGGCCGUCAGCAGCUCCCUUGUCAGCGACUUCUUCGUGGGCUUCGCCUUCGGGGUCUCCAGCCCGGUGCUUUUCAGCUGCCACCGGACCACCUCCUCCCAGAGGGUACAGAGCGCUGCCUGCCUGCUGCGGCCUGGAGAGCUGCCCGGACACGCCGCCUCGGAGGGGAGGGGGGCAGCCACCAGGUGAGCCCGCUCUUCCGGGGUCUCCAGCCUGGUGCUUCUCAGCUGCCACCGGACCAUCUCCUCCCGGAAGAUGUAGAGCGCUGCCCGCCUGCCACGGCCCGGAAAACUGGCCGGACACGCCGCCUCGGAGGGGACGGGGGCGGUCGCCGGGUGUGCCGGCUGCUUCAGGUUGCUCCUUUCUCCCCCCCUCCCCCCCUACCCUCUUAUGAUCGGAGGCUGCAGCGGGACCGGCUCCGCUCCCCCUGCUCUCCUCGGCCCCGCCAUCGCGGGGUGAAUAUCCGGAACCUGCGGACACUGCCCCGGACUCCCCGAUCUGCAGACCUAAAGAGUCCAUCCCCUUCCCGGGUUGGCCUGGUGAACGCCAGAUCGCUGGCAAACAAAACUUUUAUCUUGAGGGAUUUCUUCUGCUCCCGGGCCCUGGACUUCCUCUGUGUGACAGAGACUUGGAUCGGUCCUGGUGAGUGCAGCGCUUUUACUGAACUUUUGCCGGCGGGCUGCUCUUACUUCAACUCGCCGCGGAUGUCGGGCCGUGGUGGUGGAACUGCAGUCAUUUAUAAAAGCAAUUUUAAAUGCAAACAGUGCACUACAUUAUCAACGUUCUCCAGCUUUGAAGCUACUUUAUUUGAGGUGGGUCGCUCCGACACGGUGCUUUGUGCUGUCAUCUACCGACCCCCCAAAUACCACAAGGACUUUGUGAAUGACUUUUCUGAGUUUCUGGCUGGGAUUAUGCCCAACUAUGACCGUGUCCUUAUGGUCCCUCCUCUUCUUUUUAAAGAGGUUUUCCCGAGUAUAGGGCAGUCGGUUCUCGCCAUCAUAAACAGUAGCUUGUGUUCUGGGGUUGUCCCCGUAAAUUUUAAACAUGCUGUAGUGCAACCACUACUUAAGAAACCCGGCCUGGACCAAACUGUUCUGGCCAAUUUUAGGCCGAUCUCCAAGUUGCCAUUUAUCUCUAAAAUCAUGGAGAAAGUAGUUUCUGCUCAGCUGAAACUCUUCCUGGAUGAGCACAAUAUUCGGGAGGUUUUCCAGUCUGGAUUCAAAGCUAUGCAUAGCACAGAGUCGGCUCUGCUAAGGGUUUUUAACGACAUCCUCCUGGCAAACGACUCCGGUAAUUAUGUGGUUCUUGUCUUGCUGGACCUAUCUGCCGCCUUCGAUACAGUGGACCAUGGAAUUUUAAUUUCCCGAUUACAGCGCCAAGUGGGCAUUUGUGGCAGUGCCCUGGGAUGGUUCAGGUCCUAUCUGGCAGACAGAACCAUGCGUGUAAGCCUUGCUGGCUUUGAAUCCUCCUCCACUCCCUUGGCAUAUGGGGUUCCACAGGGCUCAAUUUUAGGGCCCCUGCUCUUCUCUCUAUACCUACUUCCUCUGGGCUCAAUUUUACGAAGGCAUGGCAUCUCCUUUCACUUUUACGCAGAUGAUAGCCAGUUAUAUAUGCCCAGGAAAGAAGACGACUAUUCUCUAAAAUCACUUCUGUCUUGUCUUGAGGACAUUAAGUCCUGGAUGGCCUUAAACUUUCUGGGACUUAAUGAAAAAAAGACAGAGGUGAUUUUGUUUGGCCCCAAUGGCUGCCGUGAACCUCCCUUUGUUGACUUGGGUCCACUGGCAUUGUCCGUAAAGCCAACAGUUUUAAACCUGGGUUUUAGGAUGGACGGUGAUUUUAAACUAGAUAAACAAAUAGGCGCGGUGGUUAAGUCCAGCUUCUUUCACCUAAGGAAGCUGGCAAAGGUGAAGCCCAUCCUCGAGCGGCAGCAUUUUGAAACAGUAAUCCAUGCCUUUAUUACAUCUAGGCUGGAUUACUGUAACGCACUCUACUCUGGAGUCGCCCGAGCUUCAUUGGCUCGUCUCCAGCUGGUUCAAAAUGCUGCCGCUCGCCUUUUAACCGGAACUCGAAAGAGGGAGCACAUUACGCCAAUUUUGGCCUCCCUUCACUGGCUCCCAGUGCACUUUUGAGUUCAUUUUAAAAUUCUGUUAUUUGUUUUCAAAUCGUUGAAUGGGCUCGCCCCGCCUUACCUCUCUGAGCUGCUCCACCUAUAUGCUCCUGCCCGGUGCCUCAGGUCAGCUGAUCAGCUGCUCCUUGAGGUACCAAGGUCUAAGCAGAAGCUCAGAGGGGAUAGAGCCUUUUCUGUUGCUGCUCCGGCACUUUGGAACACCUUGCCGUUGCACAUCAGACAGGCCCCCUCACUGUCCAUCUUCAAAUCCUCCCUA